CCUCUUUCAUGUAGUUUUGUUCUUCACCAUGAUCCUGGACAACUUCUCCUGGCGCUAUCUGGUCGCUGGACUGUUUGCGAUCUAUGUGACACAGAUUUACGUUCGUCGAUAUGUGCAAUGGAAAAAAGUGAGCCGUCUAGGCGGCGAGUGUCCCAGAGUAAAGACCAGAUUCCCGCUAGCUCUCGACUUUCCCGUUUACUCGACGCGAGCGAUCCUCGCAGACAAGGCCGAGGAGUUUUGGAAUUGGAUCUUUGAACAUACUGGAACUGACUCCCGUGGGAAUGGAAGUUUCACUGCCGAACUGCAUAUUCUCGAAGACGUCCGGGUCAUUUUCACGGCUGAUACAGAAAACAUUAAGGCGGUCUUGACCCAACAGUUUCAAGACUAUGGCAAAGGCGAGCAAUUCCAUAAGGAGUGGAAAGCCUUCCUCGGCGACAGCAUCUUCACUACCGAUGGUUCCAUGUGGCAUAACUCACGCCAGUUGAUCCGACCAAUGUUUGUGCGUGACAGAGUGGCAGACCUUCCCCUAAUCGAGGGACAUGUGCGUAAACUUAUCUCGCUCAUGGGCACGGGUGACGGCUCCCCGAUCAUGCUCAACAAGCUCUUCUUCCGCUUUAGUCUGGAUGCUUCGACCCAUUUCCUCUUCGGUCACAGUGUCAACAGCUUGGACGUGGAGCAAUCUGAGUUUGCCCAGGCUUUCGACGAGGUCCAGCGAGUGCAGGCACUGCAGGGCCGUCUAGGGCCACUACGACAUUUUUAUUCCAUGAAAUCAUUCAACCAGGGACUGAAGACCAUGGAGAAGUUUACGGAGCAAUUCAUUAGCGAGGCACUUGCUCUCAGCCCCGCAGAACUCGAGUCCAAGUUGUCACGAUCAGAUACGUUCAUCCAUGCCCUCGCUCGGUAUACCCGUGACCGCAAGGUCAUGCGAGACCAAUUGACAGCGCUCCUUCUUGCUGGCCGCGACACGACCGCAGGGACACUUUCGUGGACGUUUCUGGAACUGGCUAAACACCCUCAGGUGGUUGAAAAGCUUCGAAAGGAGAUUGUGGAUACCCUAGGCCCCGGUAAUCGGCCACCAACUUACCAAGAGAUCAAAGACAUGAAGUAUCUGACCCAUGUCAUCAACGAGACACUUCGCCUAUAUCCUAUCGUGCCCUUCAAUGUCCGGACUGCUCUGACCGACACGAGCCUACCACGUGGAGGAGGACCGGAUGGCAACAGUGUCGUUGGCUGUCCAAAAGACACCGUCAUUGGAUACAGUACUCUCAUGAUGCAGCGUCGUAGGGACCUGUACCCUCCCAUCUCGGAGUCAUUCCCUUACGACCCGCUAGAGUGGGUGCCAGAUCGGUGGAACACGUGGACACCCAAGUCAUGGCAAUUCAUCCCCUUUAAUGGUGGGCCCAGGAUCUGCAUUGGACAGCAGUUUGCCAUGGUGGAAAUGGGAUACACCAUUGUUCGAAUCUUGCAAGAGUUUGACAAGAUUGUGGACUUUGGAAGUAGGCCCAUUCUACACUGUGAGAUCAUCCUGACUCCCGCAGAAGGAGUCAAGGUGGGAUUUGUAAAGAGUGCCAAACAGUCGGAGAAGGUGUAAAAUGGUGAGAAGGCGAUGCUGGUUUUUAUGAAUACAUGUCUCUUUUAUCAUUUCU